GUGAUGUUGAUCGCCUGGUGAGUCACCGUGUGAGUCAUGUUUAACCACACGCUCUCUGACUCGCCUUCCAAGGGUUAUUUUUAUAUAUUUUUUAAAAAGUCAGUUAAUUUUGGCGGAAGUUAUUGUGCUGUUUGAUUUUCCUUUGUUUUCUUUCUUUGUAAAAUGUUGCUUGUGAAAAAUUUCUUCUUUGGCUGCCUGACAUUUGCUUUGGUCAGGACGUACGAGGGCGAUGACGGGUUUGAUCUGAGUGACGCUUUGAAAGAUGAUCCAGCUAAAUCCUGGGAUGACAAUGAUGGUUUUGAUCUUAAUGAUGCUCUCAAAGAGGAUUUCACUAAACCCAAAAGUAAUGAUGAGUUUGAUCUGAGUGACGCUCUCAAUGAUGACCCUGUUAAGCCAGCAGCUGGUAGCAGUUUUGAUGAUUCAGAUCUUCAAGAUGUUGUAAACGGUGAUUAUAAACCCGAGAAGACCAAAGCUAAAGCUCAGGACCCUCCAACGGUGAUUGACAUCAUCAUUGACCUCGUGAUGGCCUUAAUAGGUGGAACGUCUGAACAAGUGAAGAGGUUGUGUUACAGCUUGCUAGAAAUGUUCACUGAACAGUACAUGAAUGUCCAGAACCAGUGAAAGGAUACUCAACGCACUUCAGCUUAACCUCCGUUCUGCCAAGCCGCCAUUUGGGAGGAAGUUAAAAUGGUCACUGUAAAGAGAAAGGAAGUUGAUGGUUGCUGUUCAACUUCAGACCUACCGGACACUGCUUCAGGUUUCUUUGCUUGGACACCCAUUGGGGUUCUGACUUCUUUCAAACCUUUGCUAUUUCGUCGGAUUGGAAUGUGUUCACAGGCCUGGCUUGAUGACACGGGUUUUUUUUUGCUCUUGUUUCGAAAAUCUUCAUCUUCAUUUUCAACUGGCAUUUUUCAUAAAACAAACUAUAGAACAGUUGGCGGGUUCAUGCUACCAAACAUCAGUUCAGAACGUGGUGCGAUCACGGUCUUCCAGUUAUCAUAUUUAUACACGCUUGGAGAUUUUUAGAGGAUUACCAGUACUUAAUUACACAAUUUUAUAAAAUUUG